UAGGGGAGAUCAUGCAAGGGGGGCCCCAGAUACAAGCAUGGAGAUGCUGCCUGCACAAAUGAACAGGACGAACAGAUGUCUCCUCAUCGUCCAAACACGCCGGCUGUUUGUUAGUCCUCGAGGACUCACUCAGGGUGAAGCACACACCUCCAGUGGGGAAGGAUGAUGAAGGAUAUCAGGGUAGACGUCGCCGUGUAACGCGCAUGCGCCGGAAGUUGCCUACCGCAGACAGCAGCAGCAGCAACAGCAGCAGCAGCAGCAGCAGUGAUUCGGCAGUGCAGAGCGUCGGGAGUAAAUCUGUCCGUUUUCAACCAUGGCGACCAACUAAACGAUGCCUUUUGCAGAGGUUGACGGAAAGCAAGUGUUAAAGGUGAUAACAAAAGGUUGACGUCACCGGCCACCCCGCACAUCAACCUCGGAGGAAGAGGAGGAGUGAUGAAGAAGGAGUUUGUGACUGAGGAGCAGGCUUUUUUCACCACAACAUCUAAUGUGUGAGGAGAAGUGCGUGCCCCAUGUUGCAUUAGUGUCUGUGUGAAAUGCUGGCCUGUCUGCCAGGGCCAGGUGACCUCCCCCUCCAGCUUCUCCCCCACACGCAGAUGAACACUGGACUUCAGAAAUGGGACACCACACAAAGGAUGAGAUCCACUCCUUUCCCAACCCCUGCAGAAUUGGAUGCCUAUGCUAAGAAAGUUGCCAACAACCCCCUCACCAUCAAAAUCUUCCCCAACAGCAUCAAGGUCCCGCAGCGGAAUCACGUCCGGCGUACAGUCAACGGGCUGGACACAUCGGGCCAGCGCUACAGUCCUUACCCUUCCUCUCAGGCCAAGGCUGGCCUCCUCGCCAUCGUCAAGGUGCCCUCGGUCAAGGGCAUCCUGAAAGAUUUCGCCGGCGGCCGGUCUCGCUUGCACCCUGAAGUCAUCAUGAACCACCUGAGGAGCCCUUACCAAGUGACUUCGACCAGCACUUUAAACCCCCGCCACUCGACUCUGCCCAACCUCCCCCAACCUCAGCAGAGCUUAGCCCUGCAAGCCCAGGACGCACCUCAGACUCUACAGAUGCCACUGGCUCAGCAGCAGAGCCUCAGACACGCUCUCCCCGUGGCCCAGCACUCUCAGGGCCCGCCUAGACUGCAGACUGUCUCCCAGCACCCAGCCCUCGGCCACCCCUCUGCCGUGCUCCUCCAGCAGCAGCAGCAGCAGCACCUCCAGCAGCAGCAGCCGCCCGGCCUGCAGGGGAGCAGAAAGCUGCCAGAUGGCGACGCACCACCUAACGUGACCGUCUCUACCUCAACCAUUCCACUCCCAAUGGCCACGGGGCUGCACCAGGGCCACCAGCCAGACCUGAGCACCAUCGUGCACCAGAUCAACCAGUUCUGCCAAGCUCGGGCCCAAGGGGCCGGAUCGGCCUCUAUGUGCGAGGGCCAGAUCGCCAACCCCAGCCCCAUCAGUCGCAAUCUCCUUAUCAGCGCUUGCUCCAGGGUGUCCAUGCACAGCAACCCGGCCGUCGCGGGCGGCUUCCACCCGCACAACUGCAUCCUCGGCCCCCAAGAGAAAGGAGCCCACCCUUUACCUUGCGUGACCAUGAACCACUUGCCUUCCAACCACACCGAUCUCAAGCAGCAACAGCACCCUCAGCAGCAUCUGCACCCAAAACCCAAUCAGCAGUUGCAACAAGCCAACACACAACAACAGAAGAUGCGCUCUUGGAAUCCGCAGCAUUUGACCCACGUGCCCCAUAUUCCCAACGGUUGCAAGCAGCCCACCAGGGAUGCCGGCUUCCACUUGACCUACCCCGUGGCGGACAUGUGCGUGGGGCAUCCGUACAUGCUGAAGCCCCCUAUAGAAAGGCCCACCCCCUCUCCGCCCGUCAACCACAACGGCAUGACGGUGGCCCACUACCCAAACGGUCACUACUUCCAGUCCCACAUUUGGAACAGCAACAUCCUCCCCACACCAAACAGUGACAGCUCCGGGUCUCAGGACUUAGCCAUGCCAUUCCACGGGGCGGGCCCGGGGGGCUGCGGCGCGCUGGAAUGCGGGCCCCCGGGGGCUCCCCAUUACAGGCUACCGGCGAGCUCCUCCACCUCCUCUGCCCAGACUAAUCUGAUGCAAACCACAGAUUACAUGGGCGGGGACUUCCAGACGCCCUACUUCCGCGAUCAGAAUCUCGGGUUAAUGGGCAAGAUGCACAGGCCCCCUAUGAGCAGGGUGGGGCCGGAGCUCGGGGAUGGUCGAAGCGCUCUCAUCCAGCAUCCAGGGUACAGAUAAGCUAUGGCCUUGUCUCCGCAAGUUAUCACCCCACCCCCCUUUUUGUUUAGUCUUAAGAAACCACAUAACUUGACAAAACUGCUAAUCUUAAAGAGGGUAAAUGAAUAUAUUGAAUUCAUGAAGAACAGUCUUUCUUUUUUUUUUUCUUUGAUAAAUCUUGCAAGUGAUCAAUUUCUUUUUUUUUUUUUUUUUCUUUGGGGGUUAGUGAAUGCUUCUACCUGGAACACUUAGGAAUCAUGUUCACCUUGUCUACUGUGUGUCAUUCCUGCUUUCUGCUCCUCAAUACGUACACGUACAUGUACAUGUGUGUGCCUGGAUCUUGACAGAUCCUGUGUUGUUUCCACUUCACACAUUUGUAAGUCAAUUCCUCACCUAAAAAAAGCAUCCAUUGUUGGAUGUGCUGUGAGGAAGUUCUGGCGAGGAAAAUACUUUUUCUGUGUGUAAUAAUCUUGUUUGAAACAGCAGCCAGAGACGUGUGUGUGUGUGUGUGUGUGUGUGUGUGUGUGUGUGUGUGUGUGUGUGUGCGUGCGUGCUGAGCUUUUACUAUUUUCGGAUGUAAUUAUUUAUUUGUUAUAAUAGGACUAUUGAAACUUGACUCCUUGCUGUUGCUUACAAACGCAAUCGGGUUGUUUGUAUAAAGCAAGGACCCAGCAGGCAGCGUUGCCAUGGCGAUGUGCUCCUGUCCUGCUUCAAAUGCUGCAAUGAAUUCAGGUGUUUUAAAAAACUUUUGGGUUCGGUUAUGAAAUUCUUUUCGAACAGAAAGGUCGUAAGCGUUAAAGAUGGCCUGAGUAACAUUUUUUUUUUUUUUUUUUUUUUUUUUUUUUACAGCGCUCAACAUAAAUGACAGACAGCAUGGAUUUGUGUUCAAACAUUUGCAAACCACUCCUACCAACAAUAGACGGAUGGAGAAUACGCCAUAGGAGAACGAGCAGAACCCGGUUAUUAUUAAAUCCAAAUAAUAAUAAUUCAACCAAAGGAUGACAAUUCAAGCUUGUUUUCCAAAGGGCGUGUCGCCGUUUAUGCCGAGCGCUGCGUUGCCAUUUUAUCUUUUCGCAAAGCUUUUUCUUCCUUUUUUUUUUCUCCUCCGUAAUCCUUGACAAAUGUAUUACUUGAAUAUGGACGACGAUUCGUGCUGAAGGCGAUACAAUAGUACAAAGUGUUACUAAUGUCACGUGGGGAUCAAACCGAGUGAGUCCCGGGGUGAAACGUGUGCUUGCUACUGAUUGUGAUGUGAAGACCAAAUUGAUCACUUGCAAGAUGACACGGAUGGAAACAAAGCAGACGUUUUACGUUGGAACAGCAAACGCAUUGUUUAUUUUAUUGUACACUGGCUUACCUACUAGACUACUGUAACAUUUAAACUUUAAUGAUUGUGUGAGUGUUGCCGGGUCGUUUGCGUGCGUGCGCGCGUGUGUGUGUGCGUGUGAUCACGAUAAGACCCAUGUUCUGUUCACCUACCAACCCCUAAAAAGCCUUAAUUGUUUGGUCCUUGGACUUUCCUUGAGCAUGGUUUUAAUGAAAACCCCAAAUAAUAAGGAGAAGGAAGAUGAUGAGAAUACUCAGACACAGCGCUUUUUUUUUUUUUGGGUGGGGGGUAAUUUGUUUGGGGUUUUUUUCCCCCAGUUUUUUUAUUUUAAUUAAAUUGUAUUGACUAGACAAAGCAAUUCCUUAGAGAUUUGUUAUGGGAAGCAAGAAAAGGAGUGAUACGAUAAUUAUACCGUAUUUUUUAGCAAUGUGUAGUUACUGAGCUGUAUUUUUUUUUUUUGGGCCAAUUUUCAAAGCUUCGCUUUUGCAAUUGUGACUAUUUAUAAUACUUGAUUUUCUUAUUUAAGUCCCCCCCCCCCCUCCUGUUCUGUUGCUGUGAAAAGGAAGAAGGUCCAUAGCCUAUCUUUUUGUCAUCUUUCAAGACGGAUAAGAAGCGAGAGCGUGAGAGUUGUGCUACUCUUUUUUUGUAAUAUUGUAAUAAUAAAAUAAAAUUCUAAUUUAUGCUUUCA